UUAAAAUAAAAUGUGAACGAAUUAGUAUUUGUUGAAACUAAAUUUUAAUCAAUAUUCUCCAAACAAAUUAACCAAAUGCUUUGUUCAAAAGCUUUGACCUUCACAAGAAAAAUGGAAAAUUCAAUGACAGAGAAUAUUAUCAAAAACGCUGACGUUUUACCUUUUUCUAUUGAAUGUCACUGUUGAUCGCAAGAAUCAUCAUGACCCAUGCUCUUCCAAUCCCCAUUAAGCAUGCCUAAUUAAAUACAUGACUUUAUAUAUGUGUUUGAUCACUACUAGUUUCCUGUAAAAAAAUAUCUCUGUAAUAAUCAUCUGAAGAAACAACUCUUGUCAAUCCUCUCGAUGGCUUUAUCUCAUCUGUAAGAUCCUUUAUUAAUUAUUUUGUUUGGUCGUUUUGCUUUGUUACUUUAUAUAAAGUCGAUUCUCAUGUUCAAUCAAACUUUAUGUCUCCUUUUAAUUUUGUGUUCUUUAUCGAGAAAAGUUUGGUAGAAGAUCCUCAAGUUCCGCUUGAUGCUACCUCCGAUCCACCUGCUCUGUUCGAUGGAACCACAAGGUUGUUCAUAAGCUACACCUGCCCAUUUGCACAACGUGUUUGGAUUACCAGAAAUCUGAAGUGUCUGCAAGAGAAGAUCAAAUUGGUUCCUAUAGACCUUCCUAAUAGGCCAGCUUGGUUCAAGGAGAAAGUAAAUCCUGCAAACAAGGUUCCUGCGCUUGAGCACAAUGGCAAAAUCAUUGGGGAGAGUAUAGACUUAAUCAAAUAUGUCGACAACAAUUUUGACGGUCCUUCACUUUACCCCGAGGAUCCUGCGAAGAGAGACUUUGGCGAAGACAUGUUGAACUAUGUUGAUACAACAUUCAUUAAAGUUGUGUUUGGCUCUUUCAAAGGUGACCCGGCUAAAGAUACGGCACCUGUCUUCGAUCACAUGGAAAAUGCUUUGCAAAAGUUUGAUGAUGGUCCAUUCUUCCUCGGCGAGCUUAGCUUGGUUGAUGUCGCAUAUAUCCCGUUUAUCCAACGAUUUCAAGUCUUUCUUGGGGAAGUUUUCAAGUAUGACAUUGCUGUUGGACGUCCAAAGCUAGCUGCUUGGAUUGAGUAAAAUAAGAAAUUGUAUACUAAGUCUGAUAUCGGCUUAUUAGCGAUGCGGGAUUAUCAAGCAGUCAAAGUGCUAUAAGUUUUUGGAUUUGGGCCAGCUGGCAUCGUUCUUAAUAAACAAGAUUUGCUUAUUGUUUUCACUUUAAUCAAAAGAGAUUUGUCCCUAGUUUUUCUCGGAUUGUAAAAUAUGUAUGUUAAUAAUAAAUGGGUUCGGUUUCAAGUCUAGUUCUAUUGGUUACGGUCCAUUUAAUUCUAGUUACCAACGGCACUUGUAGAUAUGUUUAAAAUAAGAUAUUCCUAAAAUUCUU